AAAAGCUGUGCACAGUGUUUUGUGUGAAAGAUUGUAGCUGGACUGAAUAAUCAUCGUCGCUCUUCGACACACACAAGGAGAACUACACAGUGCUAAUCGCUUUCGAAUUCAUAGAGAGAAAGAAAGAAAAGAAAAAUACAAAGUUUUUUUUUUGAAGAGAAAACGUAGAAAGAGAUUUCGUGAUUAUAAAAAAAGUGAACCAGUGACUCUUGGAUAAUUUCUAGCUCGUUUUCGUAUUCAUUUUUAGAAUAUAGAACAACAAAAAGCGUCCGCUUCAGAUAAUUCGAGAUAAAAACGCAACAAAUCCGCCGAAAACAAUUUUAAUUAACAUAAAAUGGCAUCGACACCACGCGGAAAUGCAGCGCAACGACCAAAUGGUUCGGCCCAAGGAAAGAUCUGUCAGUUCAAAUUGGUGCUGUUGGGAGAGUCGGCGGUAGGGAAAUCAUCGUUGGUGUUGCGAUUCGUCAAGGGGCAAUUUCAUGAGUUCCAAGAAAGUACAAUAGGAGCUGCAUUCUUGACGCAAACCGUUUGCAUGGAGGACACAGCCGUUAAAUUCGAAAUUUGGGAUACGGCUGGCCAGGAAAGAUAUCACAGCUUAGCACCGAUGUACUACCGAGGAGCUCAGGCGGCUAUCGUUGUCUACGAUAUUCAGAAUCAGGAUAGUUUUCAACGUGCUAAGACCUGGGUGAAAGAACUCCAACGACAGGCUUCACCAAACAUCGUGAUUGCUUUGGCCGGCAAUAAAGCUGAUUUAACGAACAGCCGUGUCGUAGAAUUCGAAGAAGCAAAACAAUAUGCUGAAGAAAAUGGAUUACUAUUUAUGGAAACAUCCGCCAAAACUGCAAUGAAUGUUAACGAUAUAUUUUUGGCAAUCGCAAAAAAAUUGCCAAAGAACGAAGGCGGCGGCAGCCAAGGAAAUGGACAAGGUAGAAGGCUAGAAAAUGAGCAAAAUCGACAACCAAACUCGUCGAUAAAUUGUUGUAAGUGAUGUUAUGGUAAAGAUUUCACUGGCGAUAGCUUUUUGGUUAUACAUAAAAUAUAUUAAAUGUAAUUGAUUUACACACACACACACACAGAACAAGUGGGCUGGAUCAAAAAAAAGAGAAAUAAACAGCGAAAAAUUUAUAAAUAUAUUCAUAUAUAUUAUAAUUAUUCUUUCCAUUUAAUUUAAUGUUUAUUUUAUUAGUAUUUUCUGUAUUAAACAAAGUAAGAAAGAGAUAAAUGAAAAUCAAGCAAAAUUUCACACAGAGCAAAUGGAUGAAACAGAAAAAAAGAUUGAAAAAAAAAUAAUCACAAAUAAAAAAUGAAGAGAAAAAAAAUGAAGCGAAAUUUGCAUGUAUGAUGUAUGGAAUGUUGUGUAUUUCAAGCAGAAUUAGUUUGAGCUUAUAUUUUUUUUUAAGUAAACCAAAUCAUAAUUAUUCCUUUCCGUGAAAAGCUAGCCGAAUUUGUAUUUUGUCCGAAAGUAAAUGAAAAUUUAAGCAAACCAAAUCUAAUUUGUCGCGCAUAAUACACAUACACACACACACACACAAGAUAAUCAAUGUUUUGAAAGAAGAGAUUCAUUUGUUAUUGGAAUUAUAAUUACUGAAGAGAAGAAAAAAAAACAAAACAAGCUUAUCUGUGCAAAUAAAAGCGGCUCAUUUGUGCACUUCUCUUCUGCAAUGCAUAUUGUUGUAAGUGGGCGAUCAUUUCAUAAGUGUUUUGAAACCAAACAGAAAAUAAAAAUCCUCUUUCAUUCUUAUAUAUUACACGGCGACCGAUCAAGUGUAUAACCCAAAUAUUAUUAUCAAAUCGACUUAGCGAAGCAACGGCGUUUGUUUUCUUUUCAAUUUCGCUACAACAACAGAAUUUCUCAACACCACAGACAACCCAAACCGAUGAGUAAUACAGUAAUACACGAAUCGAGACAUUGACCGUGUGGAAAAUUUUUUGACUGACUAGUUAACCGAUUAAUUUUGGGCAUUUUGACUGACAGUGGUUGACUAAAAGUGAUUAUCUCGAACAAAUUAAACGUUGUCACGUCAAAUCACGGUCGACAUGUAACUGUAGUUAACUUUAAAAUCACUCUUAGUUAAUUUCCAGCCAAAUGUCCCAAAUUAAUCGGCUGACCCAAAGAAUGAUUAAACAUGAUUAUCUUCAUUCAAAAUAGUUGAUUUCAAUCAACAUAGCCAGAUUCAGUUGUGUACCACUACUCAAAACUAUAUGCAACUGAGUGGCUGUUAGUCAUUUAAUUUACACACGCGUAGGGUGAAACAGUAAUUUUUCCCAAAUAAUAGAAUCAGCCGGACAUGUUAAACGUCUUUUUAUGCAAUUACGAAACAUAGGAAGAUGACAAUAGCAACCAAUUUGCCGAAAUCAAGUCACAAUCUUUGUUCUGUGCUGGAAGAAAGGAGAAAAUAAGAUUUAAAAACAAUUUAAACGCAGUGAUUUUAUUACACAUACACACACACACACAUAUAUUUCAAAAUAGAGUAAACAAAGUGGCUGCAAUCGUCAAAACAAACACUUGAAAUAUAACUGACUUUUUUGUAUUUAAAAAUAAAAAUGAUGAAAAAAAACCCAACAAAAACAACAACAACACGUGAAUCGAUAUUUGAUAAAUAACUAUUAUUGUGUACAUUUGAAAAGGGGAAUUCUAAGUAAAUAGUUUAUAGUUUAUAAGUUUAUGCAAACAACAUCAACAAUAACAAUUUUGCAGCAGCGCAAUGAUACCAAUCAGUGUUAAUUGAAAUAAGAGAGAGAGAGUUCAUUGAACGGAAAUUUUUCUAUUGGUAUCAAACAUAGAAUGUGCACGAUAUUCAAUUUACCAAUAAAAGAAGCUAUAACUCCGACGACGCUUGAUUCAUAUCAAUUGAAAAAUAUUUAGUUGGUUUCACACAUUAGCCUCAAGCAGCCAAGGUUAUGCGUUGUUUUUCACAUUUCCACACAGCGCAUGUUGAACUUGGUUACUUUCUUUUUUCCAAAUAUUCGGUGGCACUUUCGUGUAGUGGCAUAUUUUUGCAUUUCUUUCGCUAAUUCCCAACAAAUUAAAAAGAAAAACACAAAAAAAAAUUUAUUCUUUAUAAAACAAUUUGCAAUUAUAAUGGACAUUUUUUGUUCUCUUCUAUUUUUUGUGGUGAACGUGAUUCAUUUAGGUUUCUCUUGUUAAACGUUUUUUUCCAGAAAAAAAAAAAUUUUCAACUUUUAUUUCUCACAAAGAAUGAAACAAAGCAAAUUUAAUUAGAAUCGACAAUUUUAAUUGAUAUAUAUGAAAUGAAUACAAAAACAAAAAAACUAAUGAAUUUUUUUACGAUACUUUUGUGAAAAACAUGAAAAAAUAAAAACACCGAUUCGAUCAGUUAGUUUCCUUUUUGAUAUAAUAAACUGAAAUUAAAGGAAAUUCGUAGGGAGCUGAAGUAAUUAAAAAAAAACAAAAGUAAUUGAUAUAUUGAACGUAAGUUUCGGAUGAGAUGUAAAAUUGAACUCAUCUAUAAAUUAAAUAAAAAUCAAAUGAUUGAGAGAAAAAAAAACCGAA